UGCGCGGCCGCGCUUGCACCAGCGCUGCGGGGCCCCGGGGGCGGCUGCUGCCGCCAGCACCGUGCGGGCGAGCAGUGACCCCCGCGGGGCCGGGGCUGCCGCGGACAGGCCCCGGGCCACUUUCUUUUUCUCUCCCGGCUGCGCCGAAACCCGGGUUGGCCGUGCGGGGCCCGGCGGUGGCGGCCGCCGCGGUUCGGGGCCAGAAAUGCAGAAAUCGGCUCCCGGGCCCCGUGACCACCCAGGCCCGGGUCGGGGAGGGAGGCGAGGCGCCGAGCUGCGCGCGACCCCACGGUCCGUGGCCGAGGCGGGCGCUGUCGCGGGUGGGCAGCGCUGCCAGCCCCGGCCGGGCCGCGCCGCUCGGCACCGACGGGGCCCCCGGGCGGCCCGACGGCCCUGCACGGGGCGGCUUUCCCCAGGCACAGCGGCAGGGAGGCGGGGGAGGCUGCGCCGCGCUCCCGGGGCCAGGCGGGGAGAAGCGGGCCGCGCCAAGGCGACGGCGGGGCUGCGUCGCCCCACGGGUGCCGCAGCCCCGCGCGUGGGCAGGACUCGCCCCGCACCUUGCCCCGCGUUUUUCCGCGUGCCGGAGCCUUCUCCAGACGGCCGCGCUUCUUCUGCCGGGUGCCACUAGAUGGAUCACAGACUUCCUGCAGGGCACAGCUCGCUCUUCCUCAUCCGGGCUGCCUGCGGGGCGCCGGGCCGCGCCGAGCCGGACACCGGCGCCCGGACCCCAAACCCGCCCCGGGGGGGGGGGGGGGGGCGGGGGCAGGGCUCCCCCCGGGGGCAGCGGUGAAACCCGGCGCUGCGGAGCGGCUCCCGCAGCCCCAGCCGGCCGCUGCCACCUGCUGCCGCCGCCGUCGAGGGCAGCGGGGGGGCGGAGGGGGGGGCGGGACGGGGGCACAGCGCGCAGGGGCUGCGGCCCCCUCCCCGCCCGCAGCCGCGCAGGGCGGGGAUGCGCCGCCCGCGCCCCCCCCCGCCCCCGACGGGGCCCCCGGGAGGUUGGUGCCGGCAGCAGCGGCCGCACACGGGGCUGCGAAAUUCGCCUUCGAAGCUGCCUCCGGCCCGCAGCCUGCGCAGCCUGCGCGGCGGGCGGCGCAACGGGGGGCGGGCACCGAGCAGCGGCGCGGGGGGCGCGGGUUUUGCCGAGGGCCGGACCCCCCCCCCCCCAGGGCUCCCCGCCUUGCCGGAGCAGGAGGGCGGCCGCGCUGCCCCGCAGCACCUGCGGCGCGGCCGUCGGGGGGGCGCGGGGCGGCGGAGGGGCCGCGGCGGCGGGAGGCGGCGCGGCCGGUGCCGCCGGGAGGCCGGAGGGUCCCGGGGCGGCGGGGAUGGAGGGCGGCGGCGGCGGCGACCCCCGCGACCGGCUGUCCAGCGCCGCGGCCCGCGGCGACGUGGAGGAGGUGCGGGCGCUGCUGGACGCGGGCGCGGACCCCAACGGGACCAACUCCUUCGGGAGGACCCCGCUCCAGGUGAUGAUGCUGGGCAGCCCGCGGCUGGCCGAGCUGCUGCUGCAGCGCGGAGCCGACCCCAACCGCGCCGACCCGCGCACCGGCUGCUUCCCGGCGCACGACGCGGCCCGCGCCGGCUUCCUGGACACGCUGGCGGCGCUGCACCGCGCCGGGGCGCGCCUCGACCUGCCCGACGGCCGCGGCCGCCUCCCCCUCGACGUGGCGGCGGGGGGGCCGCACGGCCCCGUGGGCCGCUACCUCCGCCGCCCCCCGCCGCCCCCCGCCGCGCCCGGCCGCAGCCCCCCGCGCCCGGCCGCCCCCGCGCCGCCGCGGGGCUGA